GAGUAUAGUGCAAACAAUUGCAGAAUAGAGUAAAAUUAUUUAUGAAGCUCUGACGUUUUUGGAGUUUGUUGUUGACAGGUGUUAUUGAUACGAAGAUUUAAAAAUACGUCACAAUUUUUACUUAUGAAAAAUGAAACUGUAAUUAUUUUUUAAUAGGUCAAAUAAUUUUAAUUGCUAACGGAAAUGGAAGUGUUCAUAAAUAAUAUAACAACAGAAAACGUUUCUGAAUUUUCCAAACAUUUGGAAAAGUUUUGCAAAGAGAAUGCACAAACAAUGCAAUUCCCAGAAUUAAAUAAAAAUAACUUGAGAGAAAUGCUUUGGAAUAUAUUAAUGAAAAAAUUAGCUGAUGAGAAAUAUUCUGAAAUACAUGAAAAAUGUAUCGAAACUCUACGAAUUCUUAGUCGAGAUAAAACGCAUCUAGAUGAUCUUAUAACCGAUGAAAGACUAGAACUCAUCGUUACUAAGGCUGACUUGGUGAAUUCCACUACUUCUUUAAAUAGCAAUGUAACAUUAGAAGCUGUGAAAUUAUUAUGUAAUUUAAUUUACAAUUCUGCUGGUAUUCAAAUACAAAUAGCUAAAGUCCCUUGGUUAGCUAACUUAAUCAAGCGAAUAAGUAUUCAUAACCAGACUGCAUCUUAUAAAAUGUUACUAUUUGAUGUGCGAAUCUUAUUUUUAGUCACAGCAUUGAACGUAACAUCUAGAAAUAUUAUUAAAAAUCAAUUAGAUGGUAGCAAAGAGUUGACUAAUUUAUUAAAAAUUCUCUCUGAUAAAAUAAGAGAUGGAUCCAAAGAUAUUGUUGAUAUAUCUUGUGAGAUAUUGAAAACUCUCUUCAAUUUAUAUAUUAUCGUAGAUGAAUCUAAUGAAGAUGAGAAGCAAGAAUCUAUAGAAUUAAUACAUAUUUUGCAUAAGUUGUUAAUCUUAAAAAAUUUUGAAUCAAGAGAUGAACUUCUAAGUCAUGUAGUUAAUUUAUUAACCGUCAUACCAAGUAGUUGUUAUGACGUGAUUAUUUCACCAGUCGAGACGAAAUCUAAAACUACUGAAGUUUAUGAAAAUGCAGACAUGUCUGCAAUAUAUGAAUUGAUACAAUUUUUAGACAGACAAUUAGUUAAUCAACGCAAUAUUGUAGAAAAUGUUUCUCCCAUAGUAACAGCUCUAUUAAAACUUUCACGAAGUAAAAGAUUGAUAAGGAAAUAUACAAGACAGAAAGUAUUACCUCCGUUACAUAAAAAAGACAUUAUGAUGCGUCCUGAAGAAGGUUCAACUCUCAGGGCAAAACUUUGUAAACUAUUGACUUCGCCAUUAACGGAAUUAAGAGGCUUAGUUGCCGAAUUCUUAUUUGUCCUAUGUAAAGAAAAUGUUGGUCGAAUGAUUAAAUAUACUGGAUAUGGUAAUGCAGCAGGUAUGUUUGCUAACAAAGGACUUUUAAAUUGCAAACAACCUAAAACUGAUUAUUCAUCUGAAUCUGAAGAAAGUGACACAGAAGAUUACGCGAAGUAUAAAGAAGCUAUUGAUCCAGUUACUGGAUGUUAUGAACAACCAAAGUCAAACCCAUUCGAAGGCAUGAGUGAAGAACGUAAAGAAUAUGAAGCAAUGAAACUAGUUAAUCUUAUCAAUCAACUAACAAACGAGGGACACGUGCGACCUUGUACUAUUGGAGAAGAUGGUAAACCGAAGCCUGUCGAACAUGUUUUAGAGCUGCAAGGAGGUUUCAAAGAUAAGCUUAAUAUACAUGAAGAUGAGUCUGGAUAAAUGUUAUUGAUUAAUAUUUAAUGAUUAUAUAAUUUGUCAAUAUUGAUAUAUAAUAAUAAAUGAUGCUAAUACAGAGUAACGUAAUAUUUAUUUACUUUAUUGAAAAAGAACAAAGAACAACGUUACGAAUUAAAUAAUUGGCAGGAAAUAAAAAUAUAACACUUUCCAAAAUUACAUGAAAUAUAUACAAUUUUGGUAAAUUGUGUUAUGUGCUUUGUGAGCAUCACAAUAUAUAUAUAUGUAUAUAUUAUAUAGUAAUAAUCAUAAUCAUAAUAUAAUAAUUAUAAUAAUAAUAGUUAUUGCAUCGCAGCCUAUGCGCACACAAGAGUGUAUGAUUUUUAAUAUGUUUUGGAAACUGCAUAGUGAUAUUUUUUCUUUUGAUAAUAUCUUAAUAUAGGAUAGGGGUAAUACAAAUUGACAAGAUUUAUGGCAAAAAUUCAGUUUGAUAUGGUCAAACAAUGUAUCAUCAACAAAUAAUGUUUCAUUUUUAAAAAUA